GCUGCGUCCACAAUUGACCGUUUUGGCUCCGUAUUCGGUACCGUUUACGUGUAUUAGUAUAUCUGUAUGUAUAACGUAUACGGGUGAUUGUGGACACAGCCGAACCGGCUCACACGUAAGUAUGCAUCCGUCGUUCACGAGCCGGCAAGCUGCCAGCUGACUGGCGUUCAUGUGCCGCGUAACGGGGCUGUAAUACCGGUUGACUGGAAUCCCGUCCGACGAAGAUAGCUAGUUAGUCUUUGGCUGACCGCGCAAGAAAGCAGAGACUCUUGUUCACGUAGCGUAGAUUCUAUAGCGUUGGUUUGUUUGUUUAAUUUUUCAAGUUGAAUUAAAAAGUCAACAUGCUGAGCUACUUCACGCUCGCGUGCAUCGCGAUAUUGUAUGUACUAUUCGACGUCAAUUAUUUUCUGAGGAUAGCCUUUACGAUCGGAUAUGGCAGGUUGUUCCAGUCCAAGAAGAAGAUUUUUGAGAAGACCACUAUUUACGGUAUUUGCUUGAGCAUGGAUGUCGACAUUUUCUUGAAGCACAUGAAUAAUGCAAGGUACCUACGUGAGCUGGACUUCGCACGUUUCCACUAUUAUGACCGUUCCGGAAUCUACGGCGAGAUUGCGAAAAAAGGUGGUGGUGCAGUUCAGGGCGCUUCCUCUACGCGAUACCGUAGAGCCAUUCCUAUUUUCACACCGUACAAAGUCACCACUCAGCUUAUUUACUGGGAUGACCGUAACUUCUACCUGGAGCACGAAUUCAUUAGUCUUUCGGACAACUUUGUACGAGCCGUAGUUUUAAGCAAACAGAGUGUCACCGGUUUGAAGGUACCCGUACCCGAAAUCAUCGAGAAAGUCGAACAGGGCGCGCGUAGGCCCGAACUCACCAAGGAACUUAGGCUAUGGCUUGAUUCAAUGGAAGAGUCAUCCCUUCGUUAUAAGAAAUCAAGAGAGGACGCCAAGGCCAAAUAAAAAAGCUUAAUUCUUGCCACUAGACUGUAAAAAGUUAUCAGGAGAGGGGGGUAUUUUGUAAUUUGUAUGAUAUAUUUGAAAAGUUAUGUCGAUAAAAUAAAUAGGUACUUACAUACGUAUAAAUGACAUUUUUUUUAUAAGUAAAGUAUAUUAAUACUAUAUAGGAUAUCAAAAUUUAAUGUCAUUGUCACACUGUUUUUAUUUAAAUAUACAUAUUUGCAGUUAUCUAUGUGCUUUUACACGAUAUUUUGUAAUAAAAAUAACGAAAAGUAUCAUUA